AUGGAUGAGCUAAGCAGCUUGCACAUACUUAUAGAAAAGGCGCAGUGGGCAUCUUUUGUUUACAAGCAGGCAGGGGAGGCACAUGCAGCAUCUUUAAAAAAAUUCACAGAAGCUGCCUCCCAUCCUAGAAAUAGAGAGUGGAGAGCGGAUGCGUUGAUUAUAUCCUUGUUGAAGCACUGCGAUGUGCAGGGAAUGACACUACAAAGCAUUCAUAACAUAUCCAAGAUAGUUUCCCAAGACUUAGACAGAGCAAUUAUAGUGGCAGAAAACCACAUUUCAAAUAUUAGAAACAGUGAAAAGGUGCAAAAGGAGAAGAUACAAGCACACAUUGCAAAUGUGCAAAGGUUAGUUAAAAAAAGAAAAGAGUCUUCUGUCUCGGGAAAGCUGGAUGUUUGGAAGGCAGACUUAGAACUAAAAAAAAGUAUACUUGAGUAUGUACGGGCAGAUAGCGAAGGAGAGUCCCUUAACAAAGCUGAAAAGCAUUCUACAAUUUCGGUAUACAACUCUUUAAUUAAGACAUAUUAUAAAACACUUCGUGAGUAUAUGACGAGUGCGCAGGGCCACUUAAACAUUCUACUAAAUGAUGUAUCCGAGCACGGACACCAAUUUGUUCCACCAACACUUCCUACUUUAGACGUUGCAAUGGAGGAAGGUAUUUCCCUAGCAAAAAAAGAGCCCUGUGCUACAAAAUAUAAUAUAAAAGCACUGACAGAAACAGAGAGAACCAAAUUCAAUCAAAUAUAUGCACAGGCACUAGGAGGUGCCCCUACAACAAUCCUUACAGUUCGUGGAUGUGGUUUGUUUAUGGUGCCGCAGCUGUCUUCUGUCCACAUGAUGUUCAUCGUCUGCACAAGCACAAACUACUUCCAUGCAUUUUCAAUACAAUCAAUAAUUAAUCAGAUAUCCAAUGAUUUAUUUGUAGGAAAUGGCAGCUGCCCUUUAACUUUUUUGAAGAAAGCGCUUUUAGCCUUCAAUGAGCCAGAAAUAGAAGAGAUAAACUGUUACCUGCUCAGUAACAUAAACGUUCUACCAAUAAUUGAAAAGGUUUUCCCAAUUUCACUAAAGAAUAAACGGGUUUCGUUACAAGCAAAUGGGAAAGAAAUGAAAAUAUCAGACAAUGGGUUUUUUUCAAGAAGCAUAAAGAUGCAGGCUCACAAUCCACAGCAGAUGAGAAAAUUCUAUGCUUUGAUAAAACAAGAAACCACAGAUGCUGUAAUAGAUGCUACGCACAACUCAGAUGAAACUGGCGAGCAGAAUGAGAUCAUGGCGUCUUGGUCACCUGCAACGUACGAUAAUCCAUGGUAGGCAUAUAAAAUAUGUAUAUAUUUCCACUUAUAAUAUUUAGCCAGAAGCAUUGCCAUAGCUACUCUGUGUAUACCUUAGGUAGUUUAGAGCGUGCAUGUAACAGUUCACUAUUGGGCUCAGCUAAAGACGCGGCCAGAUUUACUCUGUUUCAGUCUGUCCCAGUGCAUUAUUCAGAACCUCUAUAAUUUCAGGAUAAGUAAACAGCGCAAGUGCUAGUCCAUUUAGCAUAUAUGUUGUAAUAAGCCAAACAAACCACUGGGCGCCUGUUAAUAUAAACAAGAACUCAACCAUUCUAAGCGAAUGAAUAAUUCCCACAAGGAUUGUCAAAACAUUUUCUGAAGUGACUGUCCUAUUAAAAAUAGGAACUAAGCUAAAAAAUACAACGGCAAUUGAAAAAAUAAAUCCAAA